AUGAGCUACACCCAAGAUUUUCAGUACGCGAUCGGUUGGAACCGCUUCAGCCUUGACAUCCUGGGUGCAUGGCCCCGACGAAAUUGCGGAAUAAUUCAUAGAGAGAGAUCACUAGCCUGUGCAGUCGCCAUAAUAGUGCUGAUCUACCUGCCGCAAUCAGCCAGCGUCAUCGUCCACUGGGGCAACAUGGAUGCGGUGAUCGAGUGCCUGUCGGUGAACGGUCCGGUAUUCCUAGCCUUCGCCAAGCUACUUCUCUUCCGAUACCGCCGAAAAGAACUGAGAAUGCUUAUUGAUUCCAUGAGGGAUGACUGGGAGACUCAGAGGAACCUCGAAGAGCGUCAGGUGAUGCUGAAGACAGCGAAAAUGAGUCGAGUGAUAUCACUUGGAUCUGGAGUUAUCACUCAUACUUUAUUCGUCGCCUAUAUUUUUUACAAGAUAUAUUUUGGAAUAGAGGAGAUGAAGCGCACGGACCUCGACCCCCGACUCGCAGUGGGUCUUCUUCAUCCCGCGUGGCUUCCCUUCGACACCAAAAAACCCGAGUACUUCAUACCCAUGUGGAUUGGCCAGUGCUUCUGCACUUUCUUUUCAAUGACCAUGUACGCAGUGUUCGACUGUAUGAUCUCAGCAAUGGUCCUCCACAUUUGCGGACAGCUAUCAGUAAUUGGCCUUUCCCUGAGGAAUUUAGCCGACUCCGAUGUCAGCAGUCCUCCGAAUUUGUUCCGAAAAAAAUUAAUCCCGAUCAUCAAACGCCAUGAGAAAUUAAUUGACUCGAUCGCUGUCAUCGAGAAUUCUUUCAGUGCUAUUCUUCUUCCUCAAAUGCUCAUCUGUACGUUCACCUUCUGUUUCCAAGGUUAUGCACUAAUUGCGAGUUUGCUGGGGUCGUCAUCUGGAAGAAUAACUUUUCUCGAGACAGCAUUCUCCAUCACAUACGUCUUUUAUACCGUCCUACACCUCUUCGUCUAUUGUUACAUCGGCGAUCAACUUCUUGUGGAGAGCUCAUCAAUCAGCUACUCAGCUUACGACAGUCAAUGGUUCAAUCUCCCAGCACGUGAUGCACGAUUUCUGCUAUUCGUGGGAUACCGAUCAUAUCGACCACUGAAAAUCACCGCUGGAAAAUACUGCGGGUUUUCGAGAAAUCUAUUCAUCAUCGUCCUCAAGACCUCACUAGGGUAUUUGUCAAUGCUAUUGACGGUCAAACAGCGGAUGAUUGAUUAA